CCGCGAAAAAAUCUCAAGUAAUCUUUGGGGGUUGUCCACUUUCAGUUCAGAUUAAACCUUUAAUACACAUUUCAAGAGAUAUAGAUGUGUAUUUUGGCACAAUGUCUGUCCUUAUUUAGUGAUUAAUUAUAAAUAAAACCAAACUACUUUUUUCAUCAAUCCCACAUCGACGGCAGAGGACAUCGGGGAUUGGCAACAGCCAUCUUGGAUUCUCCAGCGUGAAUCAGGAAGUGGGCAGAGGCUAGCGCCCAAGUUGUCCUCAAAACCUGCUAACAAAGCUGUUUCUGCUUCGCUUCUUUGGCAAGAGCUGAAUUUCAUCCUUUUUCACGAUGGAUGAAGAGUACGACGCUAUUAUUUUGGGCACAGGGCUCAAGGAAUGUGUCAUCAGUGGACUGCUGUCAGUGUCGGGAAAGAAAGUGCUUCAUAUGGACAGAAACAAGUACUAUGGUGGCGAGAGUGCAUCUAUAACACCGUUGGCAGAUUUGUUCAACAAGUACGGCAAGGACAGUGAAUACAAUGAAGAAUCCUAUGGAAAAGGCAGGGACUGGAGCGUAGACCUCAUCCCAAAGCUCAUCAUGGCCAAUGGAGAGCUUGUCCGAAUGUUGAUACUCUCUGGCGUGACCAGGUACCUGGAGUUCAAAAGCAUUGAGAGCAGUUACGUGUUCUACAAGGGCAAACUGUCAAAGAUUCCCGCGUCCGAUACCGAGGCGUUGAAAACUGACCUGGUCGGUGUAUUUGAAAAGAAGCGCUUUGCUGAUCUGGUCAGCUGUGUGGCCAAGUACACAGAAGAGGACGGUGUGACCAAGAAAGGCUACCAGAAAGGGAUGAAAACAGAAGACUUCAUCAAGCUCUUUAACAUCCCAAACGUGACAGACGUCAUUGGUCAUGCCAUUGCGCUGCAGCUGGACGAUGAUUACUUGCAAAGUCCAUGUGAAGACACCGUGAAGCGGCUAAAGCUGUACUUUGACUCUGUCUCUAGAUACGGGAAGAGCCCGUACCUCUACCCAUUGUAUGGCCUAGGGGAGCUACCACAAGGCUUUGCCAGGUUGAGUGCCAUCUACGGGGGUACCUACAUGCUGGACAAGCCCGUUGAAGAGAUCGUGAUGGACGGCGGCAAGGUGGUUGGGGUGAAGUCCCAGGGAGAGACCGCCCGCACCAAGCUUGUGGUGGGCGACCCGUCCUACUUCCCGGACCUGGUGAAGAAAACCGGACAGGUGGUGCGAGCAAUCUGCAUCCUGGACCACCCUAUCGUAACAAAGAAGGGAAAUUCAGUUGGAGUGUCGACGCAGAUCAUCUUCCCUUGCAGUCAAGUGCAGGGCCGAAAAUCAGAUAUCUACGUCUGUUGUGUGUCGUUUGCACACAACGUGGCUGCCAAAGGUCACUACAUUGCCAUAGCAUCCUGCAAGGUGGAGACGGACAAUCCGCUGCGCGAGCUGGAAAUUGCACUAGACCUCCUGAAGCCCAUUAAGGCUCAGUUUAACUCGGUGUCGGACCUGUACGAGCCCAUUAACGACGGCACAGACAACAAGAUCUUCAUCACCACGUCGUACGAUGCCACGACUCACUUCGAGUCUACCUGCUGUGACAUCAAGGAUGUCUACAAGAGGGUGACGGGGGAAGAUGUGGACUUCUCCAAAGUCACCACCAACCUUGAAGUCGACAACUAGUACACUUGAAACUUUCCACUGCAUGUUAGGGACUCAAAUAGUUGUAACCCAGUACGUUCUCAAUUUUCUCUAACUCCCCCCCCCCCCGGAUAGAGACCGUUUUUCUUUGCACCCAAAAAUAAUGCAUUGCCAAAUAUUGCAAAAAAAGAGGAAGGUUUGGGCCUUCUCCUGUGCUAGUCAUAUCCAGGAGACUUACACUGGACUCAACACUGGACCACCUCUGCUGGUACACUGGCCAGUUUUCAAGAGGAGAGAUUCUCCUUGCGGGCUCAGUAAUUUGUGAGAACAGUAGUGAGUAGUAUGCGCACCGGUGCAGGAGCGUUAUGUAACUUGCCAUCAGCAUUUGAAUGCGGUAAACAGAAGGUGCCGCAAUAAUGGAUAUAAAAUGGUAUAUUGGAUAGGUAAAUUAGAAAAAAAAUGAGUGGGGCCAUGUGUUUUUCCCUUUGGCUUCUAAGGUGAUAGAUUGCAGUAUGUUCUAAAGUCAUAAAUGUCACAAAGCCUAAAAAGUGGAGCUAAGAUGGGAUAUUGGCUCAUAGACAGAAGCUUGGAAUAUGUGUUAUGGACGUUGAAGACGUACGUCUGUCAGUGAAAGCAUUCAUUUGUAGUUGGCUGAUGAAACAAGAAUCAGUCAUUUCCAGUCACUUUGUCUUGGUUAUAUACUGAACAGGGGAGAUGUGUAUCUCAAAUAGGUUGGUUUGUGGCGCUGUUUGUGAAGUGCUUGAGAGAGAGCGGAAGUCGGCGCCAAAGCAGCAGGGGGAAAAUGUGAUGUUGCUGCUAAUUUUUUUGGUUCUGCUUUUAGUAGAAAUUUUGUGGGUCCCCCCUCCCUUUUGUGUCAAGCGCCACAGAAUGCUGUAAUCUGGCCACUUCAGUCAUGGACCAGCUAUUGUGUGGUGGUUACUUUGAUGGUCACUUAACCACCUAGGGUGUAUGUAAAAGUAAUAUUGAAAUCGGACGAUUGAGGACCGUUAGGGUUUGAUGCGACCGUCAAGUGGCCAGACCUGCAAAAUGUGCUCGGCUGUUCGCCUUGUGUAUAAGUCGGCCAUGCUUCCCCUGCAUGCUCGCGCGUGGGAUGCUCCGGUGCUAUUCUGUUGCCCGAAUUUCGGCGCCACUCAUGAUACAAUGUCUCUCUGGUACAGCUAGAGUACCAAAGUGUGAGUGACAUCCUGUAGUACCAGGAAGUGUCAUACAAAUGCACGGAGUACACGCGUGUUGGUUCACACGCUGGUUGUUGCACUAAUGCCUUGCACACACAUACUUGCGCGUACAAAGUAUCCACUUUGGUACCUUAUACCCAGCGUCGUCUGGUGCCCCAAGCUUUACCGUGUGGCUUUGGGCAUGCAUAUUUUCAGUGAUACAUUGUGUACUUGCCAACCCUUGCAGAAGAAAGCGUUUGUCGGGACAAUGUGGGAUAUCCCUGUACAGGGCCCUCAAGAUCAGUCCGGGGUACGGUAUUUCUGUACAGGGGCAUCUUAGUGCACCACCCUGAGCCCUCUUCUCGCUCAUUUUAAGGCCAGAUUUCCUUUGCGAAGUUUGUCUUGUCCUCGCUGUACAGGAGAGUUAAAGACAACAUAGAAUCUUCUUUUGAAUGCAGUUUAUUUUAUUUUUCUCCUCCCGCAAGUAGGGACAUGUGUUGUUGCUUGACGAGAGUGUACUCGUCAAAGGCAUGUGUGCGUCUGUGUGCUCCAAAUUUCCGAGAAAGAUAACCGAUUGACUUUUAAUCGCACACAACUUAAAUGUGAUAUUCGUAGGUAGCAUUCUGGUGUAUUGAGAUUAGCAUAAAGAGAGAAUCAAAACACUGUAAUAUAUUUACUGUAAUCAAAUGACCAGUUCUUCCAAUACGCUGGGUUUGGAAGUUUUGUAUCGUCAGAACUGUAAUCACAAAGGUAACAAUUGAAGAGAAAAAAAAAGAGAGAAAAAAAAA